AAUCGACUCGGGACGAAUAUGUGCCGCGGAGAAUCGUCUUGCCGCGAAAUACGUAUACCCAAAAUAAAACUGCAGGUGGCGCACUGUCGUUUCGAAGCGCGCUAAACUAUUGUCAUACCUCAAGGUCUAGCUAUGUUCAUAACCUAAUAUAAGCUUGUAAAAUAUUUGUCACCGAUUAUACAUUCUUUAGUUUUCUGGCGGUCCGAAGAGAAGUUUAUAGACUACGUUUAUCUGUCCAUAUAUCGUUUCUUUAUACAUAAUAAUAGAUUUCUUAAAAGUAAUUGUUGCGAAUAUCAAUUUCCAUACUACGCAAUUUCAAGGAAAUUUGAUUACUUGCAAACAUGUCAAGGGAUAUAAGAUCUUUCUUCAAACCUCUACAACAUAAAAAGAAAGCACCAGUUUUAUCUGAUGAUGAAAUCAUAGAAGAUAGUCCUGCAGCAAAUAACAAGAAAAACAAAACCCCCAGAGGCAAAUCAAAACUUGUACCAAUUUCACCAACCCAUGAUAAAUUGAAGCCUGUGAAUGCAAUGGAUUUGUUUGGCAAAUCUCCUGUGAAACAAAGUAAAUUGGAAGGUAAAGUCAAAGGUGACAAAGAAUUGAAAAGAAAAAGUGAUUUUAAUAAAACUGUACAAGAUCUGGAUGAUGAAAUGGAUUUUGAUUGGAAUGACUUGGAUAAAACAGUUGAAGAGACACUUAAAGUGAAUCCAAAUGCAAAUUGUACUAAAACACCAAUUACCCCCAAGGUUAAGGCAAAUGCUAAAAAGCGAAAGGCUGAGGAUCUUAAUGAAUCUUCCAUUCUUAGUGAUCAGGAAAAAUUUGAAAUCAAGCAAAGCAACUAUAUGAGGUAUAUUAAUAGGGGUGAUCCACCAAAUAAAGGGAAAAAAGAAUUACCUGAGGGUUCAUUUACAUGCUUGGCAGGUUUAUGUUUUCUUAAAACUGGAGUUUUAGAUUCACUAGAUUCUGAAGAAUUAAAUACACUGGUGAUGAAAUGUGGUGGAAGAACUGUGAAAGCAGUAUCUAAGAAAGUCAAUUACUUAGUGGUAGGUGAAGAGCCUGGCCCUUCCAAACUAGAAAAAGCGCGUAGCCUCGGUAUUCCAGAAAUAUCUGAAGAUGAUUUAUUAGACAUGAUUCUUGUUAGGUCUGGAAAAUCAGCUAAAUACAAAAAUGCUGCAAAUAAUGGCAAUGGAAUGAAACAUUCUCCGGAACAAGAAGCACCAAAUAAAAAACGGAAAAUAGCUGUGGAUGAUUCACCUAAAAAACGUAAAGCUGAAUUACCUAUGAUUAAUGUCACACCAAAGAAGGCAAAAGAAACGCCAAGUAAAAUAGUAAUUGAACAUGAUUCAAGCGAAAGAAAAACUUUAUUGCCGCGAACAUCACCCAGGAAGUCUAAUAAACUAUUAGAUUCUGAAGUUAAACAAGCACCUAUCACCCCCACAGUUAAUACCGUUACUAAAAUUAUGUCUACACCUAGUGUGAAUGUGGUUAAAAUAUCAGAAGAUAACAAAUCAUGGACUGAGAAGUAUAAACCAGCAAAUAUAAAGGAAAUUAUUGGUCAACAAGAUAAAGAUAGCAAUAUGAAUAAAUUAAUGUAUUGGUUGUCGCAUUGGAACCAAUGUCAUGGCGCCGGUAAAAUGUUAAAACUGACUAAACCGUCCCCUUGGGAGAAGAACAAUAACGGUUCAUAUUUCAAAGCCGCUCUUUUGAGUGGAGCUCCUGGUGUAGGAAAAACUACAACCGCGACCCUUGUUGCAAAGGAACUUGGCUAUGAUGUUGUGGAGUUUAACGCUUCGGACACACGGAGCAAGAAACUUUUGCAGGAGGAAGUCACAGCUCUUCUGAGCACAAAAUCAUUGAUUACAUAUUUUCAAGAUGGUAGUGCACCAACCAAUAAACAUGUUUUAUUGAUGGACGAAGUUGAUGGUAUGUCCGGAAAUCAGGAUAGAGGAGGCAUUCAGGAACUGAUUGUAUUGAUCAAAAACUCGAAUAUACCUAUUAUUUGCAUUUGCAACGAUCGCCAACAUCCAAAAAUUCGAUCUUUGGCGAAUUACUGUUUUGAUUUGAGAUUUAACAAAAUCAGACCUGAAGUUAUUAGAGGAAAUUUGAUGAGCGUUUGUUUUAAAGAAGGUGUAAAAAUUAAAUCGGAUGCAUUAUUGCAAAUGAUUGUAUCCACCGGAAGCGACAUCCGACAAACUUUGAAUCAUUUAUCCAUGUGGUCCGCCACAAACAAAUGUAUUUCUAAUGAUUCACUACAAAAAGAUGCAGAUGCUUCAAAAAAAGAUGUUGUUCUGGGACCUUGGGAUGUUAUAAGGAAAGUUUUCACUGCUGAUGAUCAAAAGACGAAAAUGGACGAAAAAUCAAAAUUGUUUUUCUAUGAUUACAACAUUGCACCGUUAUUUGUACAAGAGAAUUAUUUACAAGUUCAGCCCAAUGGUAAGAAUCCGUUAAAAUGCGCUGCAUUAGCAGCAGAUGCCAUUAGUAUGGGAGACGUGAUUGAAACAAAAAUUCGUUCGUCUAAUAACUGGGAACUAUUGGAUUCUCAAGCAUUUCAUUCGUCUGUCAUGCCAGGGCAUUACAUGUCUGGAAAGUUUAGAGCGCAAAUCAUGUUUCCUAGUUGGUUGGGUAAAAAUUCGAAAGGUGGCAAGUUCCGACGUUUUGCUACCGAAUUACACAGUCAUAUGAGAUUGAGCGCUUCCACUUCUAAAGAUGCUAUAAACUUAGAUUACAUCUACAUGCUGCGUGAUAAUUUUGUCAAUCCAUUAAUAAUGUCUGGUAUUCAUGGUGUAAGCGAAUCAUUGCAGAUGAUGAAAGAUUACAAUUUGCUGCGAGAAGAUUUAGAUAGUAUUCUUGAACUGGCGCAGUGGUCAAAACAGAAGGACCCCAUGUCUAAGGUGGAAAGCAAGGUCAAAGCCGCAUUUACUCGUGCUUACAAUAAGGAUGCUCCAAUUCUGCCCUACUCUAUUGAUACCGUUUCGAAGAAAAAAUCAGUAGUUAAAGAUGAUGUAUACGGAGAAGAAGAUGAUAAUAAUGAUUCGGACGAGGAUGAUGAUGACAUUGGAAAUGAUGCUAUGAUUAAAGCAAAGGCGAAGACUAAAGCAAGAGGUAAAGCUAAAACUACGGAAUCUGCCCCAAUUUCGUCCACGUCAAGUAGGCAAGGCACGGCUGAAGCCACAACAAGCAAAAAACCUGGUACUAAAGGUAAAGGCAAGAAAGCCAAAUGAUCCAUAUUUAUUUUGUAGUCUCAAUACACACGUCACUUGUUAUUUCUAUGUUUUUAUUGUUUAUUUUUUAAUAAUUAUUCGUAUUGUCAUAUAAUACCAUCGUGCCAUGUUUGCCAAUGUUUGGCACAAUGAGUAAGCUUGCUUUCUUUUUGCUAUAUUGAUAAUUCACGCGGAUAUUAGUGAAUUAUUAGGACUAGUAUUUUUGUAUAUUGCUAUAACUCGCUGUAUUACUGUUAACUUGAUUAAACCAAGUACAUCUUAAUAUUUA